UCAUCAUCAUCUAGCCUCGCUCGCAAAAUGGCUUCCUACAUAUUACCUAUUUGUUUGUUCGUUGUUGUUCUUACUAUUAUUUCUGCUGCCCCACCUGAUGAGAAACCUUUUGAUUGCAAAACGGAUGAAUACUACCUAAAGUGUGAUCUGGAAGUAUGUCUUAAGACGUGUGAAGAGCUAAAAUCUCCUCCUCCUUGCCCAUCCAUUCACCCUAGUUGCUACAGCCCAGCCUGCCUAUGUGCUAAUGGUAACCUAAGGAAUUCUGAAGGAAAGUGCGUGCCUGCAGAACAAUGCUAAAUCGAAUAUUUACAACUGAAGAUAAAUUACGUACUUUAUGGACUUAGUAUAAGUCCAAAUGAAAUAAAAAAUAGAAAUACGUACAAAGGU